CUCUCUCUCUCUCUCUCUCUAUCUGAGGAUAAGAGCUGUGACAUGGAGAGCAGCAGAAUAGUGGAGUUCUUGAAGGACAAGAGCAUUCUGAUCACUGGAUCCACUGGCUUCUUGGCAAAAAUAUUCGUGGAGAAGGUGCUGAGGGUUCAACCGGAGGUUAAGAGGCUCUUCCUCCUCGUCAGAGCCGCCGAUGCCGCAUCUGCCAACCAGCGUGUGCAAACUGAGAUACUAGGAAAGGACCUGUUCAAGGUUCUAAGAGACAAACAUGGCGAUGGAUUCCAUCCAUUUGUCGCAAGCAAGGUGUUCCCCGUGGCUGGAGACAUCGUCCGGGAAGAUUUAGGUAUCCAAGACUCCAAUCUCAGAGAGAAGUUGUGGAAGGAAGUGGGGAUCGUCGUCAAUGUAGCAGCGACCACCAGCUUCGACGACAGAUACGAUGUGUCUUUGGGCAUCAAUGCUCUCGGAGCUAAGCACAUCUUGGAGUUUGCGAGGCGAUGCGUGAGACUGGAAAUGCUCCUCCAUGUUUCUACUGCUUAUGUAGCUGGCGAGCAGAGUGGGCUGAUCUUGGAGAAGAAGUUUCUCAUGGGAGAGACUCUCAAGGGGGGCUCCUACUUGGACAUCGAAGCAGAACUAAGGUUGGUGGACAAGAAGAAGAGGGAGCUCCGUGCAGAGUAUGCGACCGAAGAGGUCGAAAAGCUAGCCAUGAAGCGACUGGGGAUGAAGAGAGCUAGGUAUUUUGGCUGGCCAAACACCUACGUUUGCACCAAAGCAAUGGGUGAAAUGCUGCUCGGACACUUACGAGGAGAUCUGCCUCUGGUAAUCUUGCGCCCGACGAUCAUCACGAGCGUCCACAGAGACCCACUUCCUGGUUGGAUCGAAGGAACGAGGACGAUCGACAGCCUGAUCAUGGGGUACGUGAAGGAGAAGAUCGGAUGCUUGUUUGGAGAUCUCGACAUCGUCGGGGAUGUGGUACCCGCGGACAUGGUGGUGAACGCGAUGAUGGUGACCAUGGCGGCUCACUCGAAUCAGCGGUCGGAGUUCAUCUACCACAUGAGCUCCUCGGUGAGAAAUCCAAUGACGUACUCCAUUCUGGAGCAGAGUGUUUAUCGUUACUUCCUCGAGAACCCUCGCGUGGGGAAGGACGGAAGAAUCAUCAAGACAAGAAGGCUUCCUGUCAUCAGAAACAUGACCAGAUUCCGUAUCUACAUGACCCUGAGACACAAGCUGCCACUGGGGGUAUUGCACCUCAUCAAUCUGCUCUCCUGUGGACGAUUUGCUCGCGGAUACAAUGAACUCAACCGGAAGUACAAGUUCGUGAUGCAUCUCGUGGACCUUUACGAACCCUAUGCCUUCUUCAGAGGAUACUUUGAUGACCUAAACAUGGAGAGGUUGAGGAUGGCAAUGAAGAAGGACGACGCUGAGGCCUGGAUGUUCGAUUUUGAUCCCAAGCACGUCGAUUGGGAGGACUACUUCUAUCGCAUUCAUGUCCCAGGCGUACUUAAAUAUGCAUUCAAAUGAACCAUGGAAGGGAUCUUGUGCACUUGGUCAGUUCUACUACUUCUUCCAUCUCUUCUCAUUUAUUGAUGCCACAGAAAUAUUUAUGUUGUUCCAGAGACGAACCGUAGCUAGGAUGCUUCCCCUACAUCUUCUGGUGUUCGGAUGUAUUCUUUACCCACCUUCUCGAUUCAAAGGAAUGUUAUGGUAGCCACUGCUUGCAGAAGAAAGUCUAUAAAUAUGCAGAAUUUUUCCUAUAUAACUCAUCAAUUCGAUGUUAUGAUGCUAUUAUUAUAUGAUAUUAUAUGGGUGACGUGCUGACCACUUAGAAUUAUAUGAUAUUAUUAUUAUUAUUAUUAUUUUUCCCCAAAAUAAUUGGUUCACCGGAGGCAAACCAUUGGAGCAGCAGCGCCCACGGAAUCGGAUUCUGCUUUCUGGAGCUUCCACAAAAGCGUCGAACCGACCACGUUGCUACUCCGCGCACCACAUGAAACCCUUGGCUCCGACGUGCCCUCCUCUCCCCCACGCAUCCCCUCUCUCUCUUUGUUCGCCACCCCACCUUCUAAAACCUCUUCCACAUGAUCCUCCUCCUCACGAGCAGCAGUAGCACCAUUCGAUGGAAGAAGCGAGAGGGAAGGACAUGCCCCAGAGGAGCUGCGAUGCCGACGCGUGCUCCUCCUCCGAGCCCCGGACUCGACCGGCUCUUCAAGGCUUAAUGAUGGAUUCUCCGAUAGACCAGCCCGUCAAUCCCGCCUCGACAUCACCGGCGGACGACGGCAGCGGUGGACCUCGACCGGCAGCCUCGAAGAAGGCGAGGAAGAGACUCGAGGACUGUGGACGGGAGAGGCUGAGGCGGCACAGGGUGGAGAUGGCGGGCCGUGUUUGCAUACCGGAGACGUGGGGGCAAGAGAGCUCGUUGAAGGAUUGGGCGGAUCGCUGCGCGUUCGAGAGAUUCAUGCCGGAGGCCUUGGCAUCCGCCCGCAAGGCGCUGGUCGACGACUGUCGUCGGCCGCCAAAUACGUGCCUGCAAGUUGGAAACUGAGACCGAUCGUCUCAUCCUUCUUCCACGGAUUUCCAUGGUUGGAUAUGCUUCCCGAAUCAUUCUUUCUUCUUGAUCGAGUGUUGGUCUUUGAAACCACACACUCGUUUCUCGUGCCAAAACCUCCGAGUUUAGAUCGUGCUUGAGCCACUGUUUUUCUUCUUUUUUUCCUUCGUCCGAAGAGCUCUCGGUCUGCAGAAGAAAAGCAUGCAUCCUCAUUACCAUUAUGCCAGCAACGAUUGAAGAUCGAUUAAGGUGAUUGUUUUGAUCUUGUAAUAUUCGUUGUUGCCCGCUUGAUCGUAUAUGUCAUGCGAGGCAUACUAAAUUCCUCUAUGCUCAUCUCCUUCUCCAUGGCAGAGAAGCCUCGUUCGCUCGCGCUGUUGAGUUCCAAUCGGCUAUACUUCUCGUAUUUGGAAUCCACUGCCAUAUAGUACCAAAGAUACUCAUAACUUCGAAGCUUUAAAUCAACAUAGUAUUAAGUCGAAGAGUUUGGUAGUACAAUUGAGCAUAAUCAUUUUGUGUCUCGACUCAACAAGACAUUUAUCUACAGAUUUUACCAUCAAAUAUAUUUGUCUCUUCCUCUCUUCUACGAGGAGUUCAAAAGCUACCGGCGCGCAACCCGGAGUGAGCGAUGGCUGGAAUCGACAAAACCAAUUGACGCACGCAAGUGGCGGCCCCGUCCGCAGGGGCCACACCCAUCUCGACGGUGACCCUGCCCUUACCCACCACCGAAGAGUCGCUCCCUGUGCAGCGAUCCACUAGCCGGAACUCAAUCGAAGAGUCUUUGUCGUUAACAUAUAAGAUCGCAUUUCGCCUCUUGAGGAGUCAAAAGGCCGGCCACCAGAAACUAAGAGCCGACAAAGAUAAUUGUUUCUACCGGCUAUAUGAUUCACCCGCCGUUUCUACCUGAUCCGUCAUUGUCAGCAGUGGCGUGUCCCGCUUGAUGUUAAAUCACGAGGCAGGUGGGAUAUUCGAGUCAAGACAAACGCGUGGGUGAAACAUAGGACCAGCGCUGAAGUCCACUGUCACCGCUUCGGCCACCCGCCCUAUCCACAGCCGAUCCGCUUCAAUUGUGACUUAUAAUUCAGCCUUCCAAUUGCCACAUCUCGACCGUCUGUUGAUGCGGGCACCAUCUAAAGUGCGUGGAUCCGGGGUAAAGUCGGAUACCUCUACUUGGAGAGGAUCCUCACCCAUGGUCCAGUCCUGCCUCGCUCUCCACGAGCCGGGCCCGGCCCGGCCCGGCCCGGCUUGGCCCGUCCCGGACAUCAUUAACCCUAUAAAUAAGCCCCAUCGCCACCUUUCACGUCGGGAAGGGACGCUCUCACCUGGUUUGCUCCGCCGCCCCCUUUCUCCUCUAAUACGUGCCAGAGUCUUCUCGAUCUUCGAUCGCUUCCACUGCGUCGUCAGGGAAAUCUCCAGCAGGCAUAAUGUCAACUGUUACUGUUCCACCCGUAUGCAUGCUGAGAGGCAACACCAAAUGCCAGUGCAACUCUUUGCUGAUCAAAAGCCCAUCCUCACUGAGCUCCAUGAAGCGUAUCUCAAAAGCAUCAUCGUUGAGGGCAUCCAACCGCUUCAGGGCAUGUGCUAUGGCAUUCUACAAGGUGAAACUCAUCGACCCGGAGGGGAAGGAACAUGAGAUCGACGCUCCAGAUGAUAGCUACAUUCUGGAUGCAGCCGAGGAUGCAGGAGUGGAGCUGCCAUACUCAUGCCGAGCUGGAGCAUGUUCGACGUGUGCUGGUCAAUUGGUGUCGGGCAAUGUCGAUCAGUCGGAUGGAUCCUUCCUCGAUGAAACACAGAUGUCGAAGGGUUAUAUCCUGACCUGUGUCUCCUAUCCGAGAUCAGAAUGCGUCAUCUACACUCACAAAGAAGGCGAACUAUAUUGAUCGUAUUGGCAUCCUUUCUCUGUUUGUGCUCGGAAUGAAUCAGACGUAUGUAUCUGUCAUUUAGCCUCUUUUUUUUUUGUUGUCCAGAGGGUCAUGCCUCUACCAGAGGGAGAUUCUCUCGCACUUGCUUUCAAUAAGCUCGGUACUACUACUGCACUACUUUAUGUUCAGAUUUCUUGACAUCAAGUGUCUCACGCAUUCUAUGUUUA